AUGGCUGCUGUUGCGGAGGCUCCCCUCUUUACCGAGGCCGAGAAGGUCGCGAAGCUCCAAGCAGCGGUGGCGGGUCUCAGCCAGAUCAGGUGAGACAGCUCCCGUUCGGCGGUCGAAUCUGUUCGUUUUUAUCCUCGCGUUCUUCGGAGCCUUGCCUCAGCCCUGUGAUCUCUUUGCAGCGAGAACGAGAAAUCUGGGUUCAUCAGCCUGGUUUCCCGAUAUCUGAGGUGUACCCUUUAAUAAAACACCAGCCUUUUCUUUUGUGCUCUCGAGUUAUAACCGAGAUCUCACCUCACCCUUUUCCCUGCCGCCGUUUUUCUACUGUUCAGUGGAGAGGCACAGCAGAUUGAAUGGAGUAAGAUCCAGACUCCGACUGAAGAAGUCGUCGUGCCUUACGAGAGUUUGGCGCCUCCUCCAGAAGGUUUGUUCAUACCUUCCGACCGACUCACGUAUCAGUCCUACUCAGAGGAAGAUCCUUUUGUUAUUCUGUUUACUCAUGCCAUAUCUUUUAUUUUAACGACUUGGUUAUCUCCAUUCAGAGCUUGGGUCAACUAGGAAACUUCUUGACAAGCUCGCUGUCUUAAAGCUCAAUGGCGGCCUGGGAACAACGAUGGGCUGCACUGGUCCUAAGUAAGACAAUUUUUUUGCCACUUUUUCUGCAUCACUGAUUUCUUUUUUUCAUUGACCACGCGGUUGACUAAAACAAAUUUUCAUGGAACCAUCAACACGGCUCUCCAUUCCUUAUUAUUUUCUCGACUAAUUCUAGCCGAGAGUUUGAUACUCAAAUUUUCACAUUUAAUAUUAAAAUCUCAAGAACCAAGUGUGUAUAGCGUACAAUACUUCAUCAUUAUGUGAAGAUAUUGAUAUCAUAGGAAUCGAUGGUCUUAGAGGUCGUUUAAUGCUUAAUUUGAGAGGAACGAACGGCAGACUUGUUACACUUUAUCCACAGAAAUAAGGACUCGAUGUUUCACAGUGGGCACGGAGCUGAUUGGAUACAUCUUUGAAGACCAAGUCCACUCGUUCUCAUAAAUUACAAAUGGAUAGUUAAAUAACAAAAGUUCUCAUUUAUCUUUACUGCAGAUCUGUCAUUGAAGUUCGAAACGGGUUGACAUUUCUCGAUUUGAUCGUUAUUCAAAUUGAGGUAACUUACCUGUGUUCUUCUCAUUUUUGAUAUAUGCAUCUGUAAAUUACACAUUUUACAUUCUUGUUUACAGUCUCUGAACACCAAGUACGGGUGCAAUGUUCCUCUUCUUUUGAUGAACUCAUUCAACACGCAUGAGGAUACACAGAAGGUAUUCGCUUCUCAUCUUUUAUGUCUUCUAAAUCGUAAAAUAUGUUUGGGAUUUUCACAUGCUUAACCAUCUAAAUAAUCUUUUAUACAGAUCGUGGAGAAAUAUUCCAACUCAAAUAUUGAGAUACAUACCUUUAAUCAGGUAAAUCAUUUCUGAUAGAAAUAUUUCUUUCCUCUUUUUUUCCUACUUAAUUCUGACCGUGAUGGUGUGAAACUCUAUACUUCAGAGUCAAUACCCUCGUUUGGUUGUUGAAGAUUUUACACCACUCCCAAGCAAGGGACAGACUGGGAAAGAUGGCUGGUGAGUACUCUUGUAUAUAUUUUUUAUUUAAGGAUUGUCAUUGCUUUGUUACAUUGACUUUGAACCAGCUUCGAGUCUGUCUGAUCCUCUGAACCAUUUUACAGACAGGUCUACAUGUUAGCAUGAGUACUGUGAGAUGUCCUUGACUUAUCUUUUUUCCUGCAAAAUAUUUUCAACGGUCAAUUUUUUUUUAUAUUGAGGCCAGAAGGACAGGAUUGGCUACAAUUCGGCCGUCUCCCUGCUGAAUUUUCAUAUAUUAUUUAAUUAUCUAUAUGUAGAUAUCUACAUCAGCUUAUAUAUCUUGUCAAUUUCACACGCUUUAUUACUGGUCCCAAUGUUUCUUAUAUACAUUCUAGCAUUCGGUUGAUAUUUUUCAUCCAAAAAAGGUCCCUGUUCAAGCAUUUGUGAACGCUUCACUAUCAUUCUCCUAGUUACUAUGCUCUAGAAACCUCCGUUAUCAGAAUCAUCCUAAUUAUCAUUUUUCUGACUAAAGUCUUAUGCAUUCCUCAAGGUAUCCCCCAGGUCACGGUGACGUGUUCCCUUCCUUGUUGAACAGUGGGAAACUAGAUGCCCUAAUAUCACAGGUUUGCUUUGAUAUUUAAUUUUUCCCAUGACAUACGGCCUCUCAACAAUAAAUAUGGGGACAGAAAUCUGUAGAUAGAUAGGCAAACUGCAGAACAAAGAAACAGAGAAAGAGAGGGAGAGGGCAGAAGAGAGGGAGAGAAAGAGAGUGUCCAGCUCCUCCUCGAUCGGCAACGAUUCCUGCGGAUAUCUACUUAUAGACGAGCUUCGGGAUAUCACAAGAUGCCGGUCAACUCUUGUGACGUCCAAGGCCGGUAGCGGCAGCGGAUUUCUAAAGUAGAUGUAGUCCGUGCUUGUCCGGCAGGAUAUGUAGUCCGUGACACCUGCGGGAUUUGCGGAGUUCUAGUAUCCGCGGGCGGAGCACUCUAGUCUUAAAACACUCCGCAGGUGACGGAUCCGACGGCUAGGAUAUGUUGAGUCACCUGCGGAGUGUUUUAAGACACUCUAGUCUUAAACUCCGCAGGUUUGCGUCGCCAAACCUGCGGGUAUAGCGGCUUCUCCGGACGGUUUAUCAGCACGGCGGAUAUGCCCACGCGCGUGGUCCCCAAUGUUAAUAUUGGACAAUAUAUAAUAUUGGCCGCGGCAUCUUCUUUAUCCCGAAGCUCGUCUAUAAGUACACAAUCUUUCUCUCCCUCUCUUCUGCCCUCUCCCUCUCUUUCUCUGUUUCUUUGUUCUGCAGUUUGCCUAUCUAUCUACAGAUUCCUGUCCCCAUAUUUAUCGUAUUCUCGUAUAUGAUUCUACGUGCAUAAGGGUGGAACGACGUCGCCAAGUUGUUCCCGACAGCAAUUGUCAGCAGGAGGUGCAGAGACAAGGUACAUUCUUCACCAAGAAAAACCACAGUAAUUAAGCGGUUUAUUUCAGUUUUAAUGCUGGUAAAACAAGUGGCCCUUGAAUUCUCGUCUCUAACGUUCCCUUCUGUUAAAAGGAUAAAUUUCUUUUUUUCAUUUCCUUGAUGUGUUCGUGCUUUACUCACAAACAUCAUUGAACUGAAGUAACUGGAUUCCCUGAGCAGUAAGGCAGUUUUGCGACUGACUUGAUAAUGUUGGCUUAAAAUCUAUGGGUGGGCAUUCGAGAAUGGAACUACCCACUAAAGAGUGGAAUUGUUUUGCAAGUGACAAUCGUUGACCACCAUUUGUUCUUCUUUUAUUUUCCUUUAUUGUCUGAUGUUAGCGGAGGCUUGUGGAUUUUGGAGUUAGGAUCAGAUGAGGUACAAAAAAAUUAUGCAAACCCUAGAAUCGAAGCACUUGUGGGUGUUAUAGCAAUGAUUUUUAAAAUUAUAAAGGAUAAAUGCAAAUAUUAAAUUUAUAUCAGAAAUUAGAUUUUUAAACUUAAAUGGAAAAAGUUAUGAAAAAUUGCUGACUGAAGUUAUAAUUUUCUGAUAAGAUAGGCACCAACCUUUUCCAUGGUAGUCAGAAUUUCAAUAUCUUUGGGUUAGACUAGUCCCAUUUGAUUAGGUGCUCACUGAAAUACUCAAAUUAAGGAGAAUUACAUCGAAACUGUUGAAGGCAGUGGUAGAUAACUUUAAAUUUCUAAAUUUAACCCCACGAGUUUUACGAUUUUUUUUAAUCUUUUAAAUUUACCAAUUCACUUUUCAUUCUUAAACAAAGGAAAUGAGUGCCCAAGUUGAGCCGCAGCACUCCGACAAAGAAGCGGCGUCGCCCCCUCCCAUCGGAAGAGAAGGUGGAGGAAUACAAGCCCAGAAUUCUACCCUGGCAUUGGGUGCUAUUCUGGUGCCCAUAUCAGGUGCCUUGCUCUUGUCUGAGCCGUCUCAUCCAAUUAAACACCUUCUGCUCUACGAAGUUUAUGUGGCGCUCUGCCUCAUCUUGCUGUUUUGGGGAAUCAUCGACCUCUGGGUCUCCAACAUCACACGUGACAGAGCCCCAGCGAUAUUGCAAGAGAACAUCGUCUGGUUGAAAGAUUGGGUGAUGCUUGUCGCCAGCGUCUGUCUCCCGCUGGUGUUCAUGCUGCGGUGCUGCCUCGUGCUUCAUAAUAUUUCGUCGCUGGUACGCGUUGGACUCAUCGUCCUAGCGAUCGGCUUCAUAGCCAUAGCCCCUCCUCUCCUCUUCUUUACCCGGGGGAACUCUCUCCCCCUGAAACAAGAUACCACGGCGCCGAUGCACAGCAUCCAAAUAUCAGCAGACAGCUCAAAGCAGGAAGACCUCGAUCGCCGUUCAUUGGAAGGUGGUAACAACCCGGAGAAAGCUCAGCUGCAGUGAACUUCAAUCAAAACCAGGUAAAUUUCACAACUGUUUCUGUGCAUUAAAUUCUCCAUUUGCAGUAUGAAUUCAAGAUUUUGCUCUGUUUAUUUUUCUACAUACUUUUAUCGAACCCUUGGAAUCCCCUUCCUCCAACACUUUCUCCUUCCCUGCAGAUGCAACUGGGCAAAUCCAAGUCGAGCAGAUGGUGAUCCCUUGAACAUCCGUCAGAACAAGAAGGCGCGGAGGUGACGCUAGACAGCACGAACAACCUCUCCCCCAAGCUCUGUUUCAGCCGACACUGCCGCUCCCCGCCGGCUGUUUCGCUGUCUGUUGACCACCACCACCGCCCCUCCUCGAAGGCACCACGGGAUCAACGGCCAUGAGUAAAACUCUUUUAAAUAUUUGAAUGUGGGACAGAUAUUUGAAUGUUCGCUCAGCUUAGCGGGAGAUCUUUUAAAUAGACGUUAUAGAAUAGCUCCUUUUGAUGAGAGAUACGAGCAAGAGGCUUCGAGAAAACUAGUGUUUUCAGAAUUAUAUGAAGCAAGUAAGCAAACAAAAAAUCCAUGGGUAUUUGAACCCGAAUUUCCAGGAAAAAGUAAAAUAUUUGAUGGAAGAACUGGAGAUCCUUUUGAACAACCUGUCCUGAUAGGAAAGUCCUAUAUACUUAAAUUAAUUCAUCAAGUUGAUGAUAAAAUCCAUGGACGUUCCAGUGGACAUUAUGCACUUGUUACACAACAACCCCUUAGAGGAAGGGCAAAACAGGGGGAACAACGAGUGGAAGGACAUUCUACUGGGCCUGGGGAAUUGACCGGACCUCCGGCAACGAGUGGACGGCAGUAAAAAGUGCACCAGUGGUGGGAGGAGAUAUUUUUGGCCGACCAGGGAGACGACCUUGCUAUCUCCUCGGGGAGCUCCUGCUUCCCGAGGGGGAGGAGCAUUCAUCUUUGACCCGCUUGCUCCCCGCCGGCUGUUUCGCUUUCUGCUGACCACCACCACCGCUUCUGUUGACCCGCUUCUCGGCGCCGCCCUCCUUUCCGCCGCAUAAGAAGCGCCAGCGGCAGGAAGGUCAUCUGAUGUGAGUCCCUUCCGACGGCAGGAAGAUAACUACUAUGAUCCCGGCAGCUCAGCAGUCGAGGUUAAUGGGUCUAUUGGGCCUUCAUGGGCCUAUUGAAUCCUGUACUAGGUUUAAUUUGCGUAUCUUUUAGCCUACGUCGCCACGCUGCACGGUCUGGGCCCAGUACAAUUGGAAAACAUCGUCACGCCCCCCCCAUAAUGGGCCUUAAUGGACCCCUCAUGUGGCAUUGGAUUCAUUCAUUCACAGAUACUGUACAAGAUAAAUCUCUCUCUCUCUCUCGUGUUUAUCCUUGGCUAUCAAUCUCUAUUUCCAGUUGGGCUAGUCCUAGUCUUCCCUUUCCCGUAGGUCAGUAGCGAAAGACAAUCAUCGACCGGAACUACACUAGAUUUCAUUACCCGACUGAUGUGACUCAGUUGUUAUAGAGUAAAUCACACAAAUUUUAAAUUUUAUAAAACUAAAAAAAAUAAAUUUUUAGAUAUUUAAAAGUAUUUCUAAACAAAUAUAUUAAUUAUAAUUCAAUAAAAAUUUUAAAAAUAGAGAUAAUUUUCCAAGUCGAUCACAUGGAUAUAAUAUAAUAUUUGGUAAUUAUUUAGAAUUUUUUUCAAAGAAUAUUAUUUUCUAUGAAUUUUAUACUAUUAAAUAAAAAUGAAAUAUAUUUAAAAUUCACAAAAAAAGAAAAUAAGGGUGCGGACAUCAGGAUGAUGUCAGUGUCCCGGUGAACGUGAAUCAGGCAGAAACAGAGUUCCACUCAGUGAUUCUUACAUAAGCGAUUACAAAUGAUUUAAUUGAUCAAAUUAAGAUACGUAAAAGCCAAAAGAAUCGUAAGUGAAAGAAGUAUAUUUUGAUAAAUUAAAAUCACACAAAUUAUCACUAAAUGAAGCAUAAAGUAAGUUGAAAGUAGGAAAAUAGAGUUCCAACAUCGCGGCGGUGAUACGUCGGCGAUGCACCGGAAUCCCGAGCAUUUAGGAGGAUAGUCGUGUAGUGUCCAUGGCCUCGAAAGCUCUUCUUGGACUAGGACGAUAUGGGCAAUCUCUAGAUCUUCUUGCAAAGUCUAGAGAUCGACGAAAUGGGUUGUCGAAUCGUCUCCGGUAGUUGUCACUUGGCGGAAUGGAAAAAUGGCAACUUUGCGACUCUCUGACGACUGUCACCCGAUAGAGAAGAGCUGGAUAUGGGUAACAGGAUAGCACCCAAUGCCAGGGUAGAAUUCUGGGCUUGUAUUCCUCCACCUUCUCUUCCGAUGGGAGGGGGCUCAACUUGGGCACUCAUUUCCUUUGUUUAAGAAUGAAAAGUGAAUUGAUAAAUUUAAAAGAUUAAAAAAAAUCGUAAAACUCGUGGGGUUAAAUUUAGAAAUUUAAAGUUAUCUACCACUGCCUAUCAUGAACCCAAAGAUAUUGAAAUUCUGACUACCAUGAAAAAGGUUGGUGCCUAUCUUAUCAGAAAAUUAUAACUUCAGUCAGCAAUUUUUCAUAACUUUUUUCAUUUAAGUUUAAAAAUCUAACUUCUGAUAUAAAUUUAAUAUUUGCAUUUACCCUUUAUAAUUUUAAAAAUCAUUGCUAUAAUGCCCACAAGUGCUUCGAUUCUAGGGUUUGCAUAAUUUUUUUGUACCUCAUCUGAUCCUAACUCCAAAAUCCACAAGCCUCCGCUAACAUCAGACAAUAAAGGAAAAUAAAAGAAGAACAAAUGGUGGUCAACGAUUGUCACUUGCAAAACAAUUCCACUCUUUAGUGGGUAGUUCCAUUCUCGAAUGCCCACCCAUAGAUUUUAAGCCAACAUUAUCAAGGUAGUCGCAAAACUGCUCAGGGAAUCCAGUUACUUCAGUUCAAUGAUGUUUCUGAGUAAAGCACGAACACAUCAAGGAAAUGAGAAAAAGAAAUUUAUCCUUUUAACAGAAGGGAACGUUAGAGACGAGAAUUCAAGGGCCACUUGUUUUACGAGCAUUAAAACUGAAAUAAACCGCUUAAUUACUGUGGUUUUUCUUGGUGAAGAAUGUACCCUGUCUCUGCACCUCCCGCUGACAAUUGCUGUCGGGAACAACUUGGCGACGUCGCUCCACCCUAGAUAUGAACCCUCUCUCCCCCAUCUUCCUGCGGGGCGGCCCACUUACAGGGCACAAACAGGAAUGGCCCUCCGAGGGGCCGGUGAUCAAGUAAUCAUUAUAUUUUUAUGCGCGCUGCAAGCUACAUUCUGGGAACCACCAGGCCGAACGAGGCCUUUCUUUUGCCAUGGUUUGGUUAAUAUCACUGGUUCAUUAGAUCUGGUUCUAUCCACUUUCCUUCCUCCUCUCUAGCUACCCAUGUGAGAGAGAGCGAGAAAGAGAGAAAGUUGGCGACUCACCAUCCAGGAGAGACGAUCGUCGUCGUCAGUCAAGAGCGCAGUCGGGGCUUUGAGGUGUGUCGGGGAGGACGCCCUCAUGGACUCCAACGAGGCGAUGAUCCUACCAGAGUUGGGAGCCCCGCCAAUGUUCGAGCUGUCUGCUGAUAUUUGGAUGCUGUGCAUCGACGCCGUGGUAUCUUGUUUCAGGGGGAGAGAGUUCGGUUUGUUCUUCCCCCGGGUGAAGAAGAGGAAAAGAAGGGCCAUGGCUAUGAAGCCUAGGACGAUGAGUCCAACGCGUAACAGCGACGAAAUACUAUGAAGCACGAGGCAGCACCGCAGCAUGAACACCAGCGGGAGACAGACGCUGGCGACAAGCAUCACCCAAUCUUUCAACCAGACGAUUUUCUCUUUGGCUCACGAUUAUUUAAGAGUUUUACUCAUGGCCGUUGA